CCUCCACGUCUUCCGCGAUGCGAGUUGCACGCAGGUACUGCGAAGACGUGCAACGAGGCGCUACUGUGGCUGCAGCAAUCCUGCAUAUUUGACUCUAGCUAUGCUACAGGAUUGGAGUAAACUCGAGCAUCAAUUUCCCAAGGGGACUUUAUGGGACAGCACAUCGGUGCGACUAGCUACACACGUAGCAUUUACCUACCUAUUAUCAUCACCAAGUGGCGUCAGCUCAGCCAGACAGGGGAAAACCCGCUGAGGUCAGUCGGGCAUCUACACUCUAACGAUUCCAACUCAGGUAAUGCUGCUUUGCAACGUACGCACAACUAGCAGUUGGACCGAUUCAGGGAUCGGCCAACGCCGUCAUCAGGUUGAGCUGGCUGACAUCGGCCGUAUUGGAUGAUCGGCCGUGAGCCAAUCCGCUCGUAUCCGGGCACUCUCGAUGGUUGGCUGGACACCGACAUGGUUCGACCGGCAGAUCAUGGCAGUUAGUCUUCCUGGGUGCACGAAGUUCUGGCGGAGAAUUUCGAUUCAGACCAGUCCACCAGUGGCUCCGCUCCCGCAUCCGAUGAUCAUUCAUCCAGGCCGUCGUCCUGCCGGGGAGUUGCUUAGGUUACCUUCGAUAAUCCCGCGCCACCAAAGUCGACUAAUAUAUGUAGUUGGGCCGAGGAAAAAAGGAAAAAGGAAAAGAAACAACUCACUUCCAUUCCCCUGGCUAGUUCACAGUGUUCCCUGGAGCCAAAAUACCGUGGCUUUUGUUCUGGCUUUGGAAAACAAUGUCAUGAAAUGGAACAGCUGUCAACGCCCAAACGAUGAUGAUGAGUCGGCAAAGUCGGAUGAUGGAGACUUGAAGAAACCUGGAAGGAAUAGAUAUGCCCCCCAACAUCCACAUGAAGGAGGAGUCUACUUGGACGGCCGCCAAGAGCCAGCUGUGGCUACAUCAUCGCGCAUGGGUUGUUGUUGCGCAGACUCGGGACAGCAAGCAAGUCCGGUGCCAUUUCCCGGUUCUGAUUCGCCGCCACUCUGGAUCCAUGCCAACCCGGCCACCGAUUUACAUCGGAUUUGGCCCAGACCACGACAACAUGGCCUGAGACAUAGAGCAAAGCGAGACAAAACUUUUCCCGUAUUAAUCAAACAGUACAUGAUGCGGUCGUUCAGUGGUCCAGUUGCUUGGCCGAUAUGGGAUACACCUUCGCUCCUGUACCUCACACUUUCGUCGAACAACAAGUUUCCUAAGUUGUUGCCCAACCACCCAUGCUGAACCUCCAGCCUCCAAGCUAUCCCCACCCACCCCGAUCUGCCCAACGCUGGCCCCGAUGCUCAUGGUUCGCUUGACCACCACCAUCUUUUAGCAAUUGACUAGGUGCCUAGUCCCAUGCAACCCAAGUGGGAUUUGUGUCUCUCCACCCUCUUGUGUGUUUGUUGGACGGGCAGGCAAGGUGCGAUAUGACAUCGGAUCUCCACCUGCUCUCUGCCAACCGGCCUGUUUGUUGCCUUCCCAGACUCCCACCCACGGUACUAGUAUAAACACUCCUCUCCCAUUCCCCUCCCCCG